GUGUUUCCCGCACCGUCAAUCAAAAUAGAAAAAAAUCGACCCGAAUUCACCGAUCAACACUAGCCCGCCUUUGAUAAAACAAUCAUGUUCGGAGUUUAGUUGAUCGGAUAAUCCUUCCGCUUACUACCAUUCACGCUAUGACUGCGCCAGAGCAGCCUCUGAAACAAGGAGAAAUGGCGUCCGCGGACGUGGACAGCAGUCAAAGCGAGUUUUUGCAACCCGGCGGCGCAGCGGAAACACAGACGACAGAUAUGUCAGCCAUUCAACUGACGGGUUCGGACCGAUGGGAGGUGUUAACUCCUGUCUCAACUGGUAAGGAAGACCAGGGAGUUGUUCACAUUCCAAACUCUGGGAUUGUCACGUCCAACGGGCAGUAUGUGCUUCCUAUUGGGAGUCUUCCCAGCCAGCCCAUUUAUGUUACAGCAUCUGGAAACGAGGCCGCAGCCAAUGGAGUGUCAGGCAUUCAGUAUCAGGUCAUCCCCCAAAUCCAACAUGCAGAUGGGACACUUGCAGGAUUCUCGACACAGGGGUUGGAUGAUGGCACGGGGCAGAUUCAGCUCCUCCAGGAUGGCAGCCAGGGGAGCAUCGGGAUUAGUUGUGCCACGACGGCGACCACAGACCUCCUGACCCAGACGGGGCAAGUACAGUCAAUCCAAGGCGUCCCGCUGGGUGGGGGGGCAGCAUACACCAGCACAGUACCUGUAGGGCUCCCGAGCAACAUAACGUUCGUCCCCAUAAACAGUGUGGAUCUGGAGUCACUAGGGCUCACUGGAGCUCAGACGGUCCCCAUCGCAACCGGGGUAACACCUGAAGGCCAGCUGAUCAUGAGCAGCCAGCCACUGGAGAGUCAGGGUCAGGACGCUGGCGGCAAACAGUCGCUGGUGACGGUGAGCGACGCCAACCAAGAGCUCUAUGUGCCAGCCACCACCACCACUGCUUCUUCCAACUCCUCCCAACUCCCCGAGACCAUUGACGGCACCGGGGUUCUCACCCAAGCAACCGCCGUGUCUGCAGGCGUGUCAGACCCCUCCUCCUCGGAGAACUUCAACUCCCACAACCACCUGCAGCAAAUCCAGGUGUCAUCAUCUAACGCCACAACUAUCUCGCAGCCCAUCCUGCAGCUGUCCGGGGACAGUCAGGCCCAGGUAGCCCAGGUGGCUCAAGGUCAGGACUUGACUGCUGCAGCAGGUCAGACUCUACAGAGCGUGCAGCUGGUCAACCCGGGGACCUUCCUCAUCCAGGCCCAAACUGUCACCGCUACAGGACAGAUCCAGUGGCAGACCUUCCAGGUUCAGGGUGUCCAGUCACUCCAGGGGCUCCAGUUGCCCCAGGGGCAGGGUCAGGCCCAACAGUUGACCUUAGCCCCAGUUCAGACCCUCCCUCUGGGCCAGGCAGGACAGGUCAGCCUACCCAACCUCCAGACUGUCACAGUCAACUCUGUAACACAAAGUGGAGUUCAGUACACGCAGGGGGAGGAUGCAAACAGUCCAGCUGGUAUACAGAUAAAAGAGGAGCCAGACUCAGAGGAGUGGCAGCUGAGCGGGGACUCCACGCUGAACCCCAGCGACCUGAACAACCUGCGUGUUCAGAUGGGAGACGAGGACAUGGAGACGCCGAGCGGGGAGGGCAAGAGGCUCCGCAGAGUAGCCUGCACCUGCCCCAACUGCAAGGAGUCUGGAGGAAGAGGUUCGGGCAUGGGAAAGAAGAAGCAGCACAUCUGCCACAUCGCAGGCUGCGGGAAAGUUUACGGGAAGACGUCCCAUCUCCGAGCUCACCUGCGCUGGCACAGCGGGGAAAGACCCUUCGUCUGCAACUGGAUGUUCUGCGGGAAGAGGUUCACCAGGAGCGACGAGCUGCAGAGACACAGGAGGACACACACAGGAGAGAAGAAGUUUGUGUGCACAGAGUGCUCCAAGAGGUUCAUGCGGAGCGACCACCUGGCCAAGCACAUAAAGACUCACCAGAAUAAAAAAGGCGGGGUCCCCUCCUCCACGUCUCCGCCCACCACCGACGCCCUCAUCACCGCCGACGGAACCACGCUCAUCCUCCAGACCGCCACCACCCAUGACCUCGUAGCCAAUCAGGAGAUCCCUUUGCAGCUUGUCACCGUGGCGCCCGGUGAGGUCAUGGAAUGAGGGGGUGAAUGGGGUUAGGCGGCUUUGUGAGAACUGGGCUAUCACAGGGACCUCUUGGGCUCUUCUCUUCCCCUCUUACCUUUUUUUUUGUUUGUUUUUUUACAUAUGAAUAUAUACGUAAAUAUAUAUGACAAAUAUAUAUAUUUUAAG